AUCUGAUAGAUAUGGAGGAGAAGAAGAGAGAGAGACAAGAGUUUAUAGAGGAGACUAAGACAUUCUUACAGACAUGCCAGAACACCUUCAGCAAUAUCCUGCAACAAAUGGACUGGUCACCUUCCCAUUUUAUACAGCAAAAGGAGAUGGGAGUAUGCUGCUUUGAUCCAGGACAUAUAAUGAGUAAGGAGGAAUUGAAGAAACAUGAGCCAAUAUGUAGGUUUACCUCUAGAGGGGUCCCAAAAACAGAGGCUCGGGAUGAAUCCAAGAAAACAUCACAGUUUUUCUACAGGAAUAUAAACAGUGUCUGCAAUGUUCCUAUUGACAAGGAGACAUUAAACAAAGUGCUGUGGGAGCAUCAUGUGGAAAACCACUCAAUUUUUUAUGGCAAGAGUGAAGUCCCUUUGACAACAGAAGAGGAAACCAGUUUGCUUACGCCAAGUGAACGUGGUGCUCUUCAUAGUUAUAUAAUAAAUAAAGCCAAAGAACAACGAAAUAUUCAAGGACUGGAAACAGAUACUCUGCUCACUGCAGAUUUUCAAGAAAUUGUUAAAAAGAAAGCUUUAGAGGGACAGAAUAGUAAGCCUACAAGUUACACUGAGUAUCUGAAGGCCAUGAGAGACUACAAGAGAAGGAGACAGUCUUACAGAGCAAAGAAUGUACACAUCACAAGGAAAUCUUAUACAGAGAUCAUCAAGGAAGUAAUUGAAAAUCAAACAGAAUAUCUCACUGAGAUAUUAAAACAAGACCAACAAGGUGACCAACAGGCAACAGAAAGAGAUAAAUCAACAGAGCUCACACAGGACUUAAAGGACACUAUCACAGAGAAGAUAGACGGAAGACAAAAUGAGAAUUCUGAUGUCCAUCAAAAGAGAAGCUUAGAUACUUCUUAUCACAGAAGUAAACACAGGAGCAGAAGUCGUGAAAGAAGUCGACACAGAGAAAGGGACACAAAGCAUGAUAUGGACAGGGAAAGAAACACAAAGAAAAUACCAGAGUAUAGAAGCAGAAGCAGGGAGCAUAGAAGCAGAGAGCAAAGCAGGGAUAAACAUAAACACAAGCACAAACACAAGCAUAAACACAAAAAAUCUGAACACUGAUUUUAUUUCAUGCUUGUUUACUAGUCUACAAAUGUUUUGCUAAUAAAAUUUGAGUUGCAUAUAUUU